GUGUGUCACUUCAACGUCUCAACAACGUGUGUCCUCGCUGACACUUUACACGUGUGCCUCAACCCCUUAAACAUAUUCCUCCAUAGUGGGGGCAGCGCUCUGACUGCAGUGUUGGAGGUACUGGAAGUUGUUUGACUCUAAUGAAAGGACUCUGACAAGACGGACAUCAUGUUCAAAGCUUCUUCUCUGCUACUGCUGACCCUGGUCCUAUGUGUUCAGCUAUGCUCAUCAGCACCGAUACCUGCCAAAGUUGGUAAGUCCUCUGGACCAGGACCAGGACCAGGGGAACUUGCACCAGUAGCUAAAGGCCAGAGUAACUUGACUAAGGUGAAAAAAACAGUUCAGAAGAAAGUCAUUCCAGCUGUUGCACCUAAAGCAGCUCCACCUCCUGUGGAACCACCUGCUGCAGAAGACAUUCCAGUUAUUGCAAAAGAACCAGAACCAAUUGUCAUCGAAGAUCAGGUCUCUGAUGCCCCUCAAGAGCCUUUGGCUGCAGUGGAGGAGAAAACUGUCCCUGAAGAAGUCGCCCUAACAGACGCCUCUCCAGAUGAAGCCACAGAAGAAGUUGCCCCAGCUGCUGCUGUAAAGAGUGAAGAGCAAUAUGUGGAGGAUCCAGCUCCAGAAGCACCGAUCCCAGUCAUUCCUUUAGAAACAUCAGAAGAUGAAGCUCCAGAGGCAGAAGAUGAAGCUCCAGAGGCAGAAGAUGAAGCUCCAGAGGCAGAAGAUGUAGCUCCAGAGGAAAAUGUAGAAGAAGAAACUGCUGUUGCUGCAGAGGGUGCUGCAGAAAACACAUCCCCAGAACAGCAGGAUCUGGAGGAUCCAGCUCCAGCAGUACCAAUCCCCAUUAUCCCUGUAGAGGCCCCAGAAGAUGAAGCAUCAGAGAAGGAUGCUGUAGAAGAAGGUGCUCCAGAAGAACCUUUACUUAUAGUCCCUGAUGACACUACAGAAGUCGAACCUGCUCUGCCAGAAGAAGAGGAAUCUGUUGUCCUCGUCGUUGCAGAAGUUGAACUUGAGACAGAAGAGGCAGGUGAAGGUGAACCUGCUGCAGAGGAAACAGCACCAGAGGAAACAGCCCCAGAAGAACCUGCUGUCAUUGUUGCCGUGGAACCUGCUGAAGAGGAGCCAGAUCAAGAGGAACCGGAGGAAACAGUCCUUAUAGUUUCUUUAGAAACAGAAGAGGAGGAAGCAGUUGUUCCAGUGGUCCUGGAAGAAAAUGCUGAAGUGGAUCCUGCUACAAAUGAAGAACUCGUUCCCAGUACGCUGGACGAGGAGGAGUCUGUUGCUCUGCUUCCUGUAGAGCUUGAGACUGAAGAGGAAGGUCAAGUGGAACCUGCUGAAGAGGAAACAGCACCAGAGGAGUCAGCCCCAGAGGAACCUGCUGUCGUCGUCCCUGUGGUACCUGCUGAAGAGGAGCCGGAUCAAGAGGAUGAAGAGGAAACAAUCUCCAUCAUUUCUUCAGAAACAAAAGACGAGGAGGUUGCAGAGGAACAUGCAGAAGAAGAAGAAGAAGCAGCUGCUCCUGAAGUUCUGGAAGAAAAUACGGAAGUGGAUCCUGUUACGAAUGAAGAACCUGUUCCCAGUACGUUAGAAGAAGAGGAAUAUGAUGCCCUCCUUCCUGUAGAGCUUGAGACCGAAGAGGAAGGUGAGGUGGAACCUGCUGCAGAGGAAACAGCACCAGAGGAGUCCGCACCAGAGGAACCUGCUGUCAUCGUUCCUUUGGAGCCUGUUGAAGAGGAGCCGGAUCUGGAAGAAGAAGUUACAGAAGAAUCAGUCGAGGUAGUUUCCCCAGAAGAGCCAGACGAAGAAGCUCCAGAGGAGGAUGCAGAAGAAGAAGCUGCAGAGGUUCCUGUCCCAAUAGUCCCAGAAGAAGAUGCAGAAGAGGACCCUGCUACAAAUGAAGAGCCUCUUCCUGAUGUACCAGAAGAAGACGAAUCUGUUGCCCUUGACACAGAAGAAGAAGCUCAGGAGGAAGAGGCUGCAGAGGAAAUAGCCCCAGAAGACCCUGCUGUCGUUGUUGUUGUUGUUGUGGAACCCACCAGCGAGGAACCAGCUCCAGAAGACCCAAUCCUAAUCAUCCCCCUGGAAGAUCCAGAAGAAGAUGCUCCAGAGGAAGUUGUCCAAUCAGAUCCUGUCCCAACGGAAACAGCCCUGGAUGAGGACACAGCAGGUGACAGCGAUGCAGAGAUACUUAUCACACCUGUCACUGAGACCCCAUCUAAGAACGACACCUUAGAUGCAGCACUGGAUCCGGUUGAGGAAGUCCCAGUAGCUGCAACAGAUGCUCCUGCUGCAACAGAGAUCUUAACUGAAGCCCCAGUUGAACCUGACACAGCUCCUCCUGCCCCAGCUGUCUCUGAGGAAGAAGUCUUUGCGGCUCCUCUGGAAGGUGGUGAUGGCACCAGCAUAGAGACGCACAGUGAUGAUUCUGAAGCUACAGCUAUAUUAGUCGAAGAUGAACCUGCAGGUCUGUUGAACAGAGGGGCAGUGCUCGGUGCAGCAUUCUUCACGCUGAUGUGUUUUAUCGUAUUCGGGAUUGCCUGGACAACCAUAGCUAAGAAACUGCGCUGAAUGAAAGACAUUGGCGUAAAUAUCGAACAGACAAAUGAAAUAGCUGUUUGAUCAUACGUGCAGAAACUGAAGCACUGUGCUGAACAAGUUUCAAGGCAUUGGAUCUUUGCUGAAGAAAGCCUCCAGUUCUCCAAGGUUUGGACAGCAAGAAAACCACGAUAAUACCGGAAACCAGUGAUGGAGGAGGUAAUAGAUAGUCUACUUCAGUAACAGGAGUAAUACCCCAAUAUAAAAAAAUAGUAUAUAAGUCCUAUUCGUGAUUUACUUAAGAAGAAAUAUGGAGCUAUCAUCAGCAAAAGAUAUGCCUAAAGGUAACAGUAUUCUGCAGCAGAAUGCCCCCUGAUGCACUGAUGUGUAAGCAGUUGUUAUCGCUCCUUAAUAUCAGUGCAGACUGGCAGGGCAAGAGCACCACUGGUGGCCUGGUAAUGACACAAUGUUCUUUUUUAUCUGAUGAAUUCUUUGAUUGAUCUAUAGAGUGAAACUUGUUGCGAGUGAAUCACGAAUGUCAAUGCUUUUCUAUCUCCAGACUGAUGGUAAAUGUCAUUGUGAUAAUACUAUUAUUGUCACCGUCACGUCUGUUUAUGUAAACGCCACCAAUGACUAAUGAUGACUUAUCAGGGUCUUGAAGGGUUUUCCCAUUUCAUGAGGGAAGAUUUCACCCACUGCCCCUUUUAUCUCUGUUCCAAGGGGCAACGGGACACAUGAAAACGAGGGGUGGGGUAAAAAUAAGUUAUGGGAUUUAUGAAAGUGCAUCAUGUUGUACAGGCUUAUCAUAGGUUUGGUAUCAAAAAUCCUACAGUCCAGUUGUGAAAUAAAUGUAGUGGAGUAAAACGUUCAUCACCAGGGCGGUCAUGCUCUGUAAUAUGUAGUGUACAUGUUUAUGAAUGUUCUGAUUUAUCUGAGUGAUUGUGUUUUGAUUUUUAAAUGUAUAAAUACUGAAAACUUUAAUGCACUUGUAACUUUACUUGUCGAGCUUUUUUGGUUGUGGAUCAUUAAAGACAAGGUCAGAGCGGGUAUCCUGAUUGUCUUCCUUCUUGUGGUUGCUCAAUCAGAUACCAUCCAGCCUUCAAUCACAAAAUGUUCUUCAUGUACUAUAUGUACAUUUCCACUGGCCUCAUGACUCAUACGUACAGGACAGUCCAAGGCAUGCAUGAAAAAGCACACGCCUCCUAAAUGCUGUCUAAGAGCCAAGUAGACCUAUCACUUUUCCUGCCUGUUAUGUGGCAUGAGACGGAGAGCUCUCCUAUCAGUCUCAUUUUGGCAUGCUGCUGUACCAGCUAUAUGUUACUGCACACAG